AUGCUAGAAAAAGAUAUGAGCGGGGAGAGCUCCGGCCAUGAAGAUGGGAUCACGUCCUGUUCUGACCCCAUCCAGACCGACCGCCACCGCGAGUUAUCUCACCACAGCCGACCUGAGAAAAGGCACUACCAGAAGGUCCGAUCAGCGCCCACUCGAGAAAGAGAAUCAGACGAGAGGUUGUCCACCAGAUCGUUUGACCACUCGCAAUCUGCGUCCAGACAAGCUAUCAAGCGAGCCAAGCUGUUGGAAAGCAAGGUCAAAAGUCGUCAUCGAAGGGACCUUGCCAGCAAUAUCGAGACUCUCUCUGACAGUAUAGAGAAGCUCACUUGCGACCUCAGGUCUCUCAGAGAGGAGGUGAAGAGUGUCAAAAAGACGCAGGCAUCUAUGCGGUCUUGUCGAGGACCAGCUUGCACUCCAAAAGGUGCCUCGACUUAG